UCUGUCUUUUUCUCUCUCUAACAGUCUUCCCCCACACAUACUGACACACCCUCCCAGAUUUCUAGAGAGAGAAACACUGACCCAGAGAAACCAGAGCCCCCAUUUCCCUCUUUCUCUCUCUAGACUUCAUUUAUACCCCUCUUGGAGAGAGACACACACACACGCAGUGAGUUCAGUUCUCCUUAACGAACCCAAUUUCUCAUUUCCAUUUUCUUUCUCUCUUUCUCUCUCUCUCUCUCUCUCUUGGGUUUUGUUCUGUAUACUUGAGUUGAGGGGGUAUUUAGUUCUGUUUCUGUGUGUAUUGUUGAGUUUUGUUAUUAUUCUUUUGUUUAUUGAUUUUUUUGUGGUGAAUGUAAUGUACCUUUUGUGAGAUUUGGAGCCCUAGAGUUUGUGGAUCCUGGGCUGGGCUUGCAUUUGAAUGUGAAGAAAGAGGGGAGAGAUUCGGGUAGAUCAGGUUAUGGCGGAGAUUUCUGGUGAUGGAGGUGGGUUUUUGCCGGAGGUUAGUAAUGGACGAGCGGUGGAUUCUCAGGCUACGCCGACACCCAUUCCGGCACCGAAUCCAACGUCGUUGACGGUGUCGGGAUCUUUUAAGGAGGGGAAGAGCUCGUCGAGGCGCCGGACGUCGGUUAGGCCGAGUAUGGACGCCGACGACUUCUUUAACUUGUUUCCCGGCUCGGAUCCGGUGAAGUUGGAGCUCAAUCGCCUCGAGAAUGAAGUGCGAGAUAAGGAUCGAGAGCUCGGGGAAGCUCAGGCGAAGAUCAAGGCAUUAAAGUUGUCUGAGCGGCUUAGAGAGAAGGCAGUUGAAGAGAUGACUGAAGAACUAUCAAAGGCUGAGGAGAAGUUAAAAUUGACGGAAUCUCUUCUUGAAAGCAAGAAUCUUGAAAUAAAGAAAAUCAAUGAUGAGAAGAAGGCUUCAAUGGCAGCUCAAUUUGCUGCUGAAGCUACUCUUAGGAGGGUACAUGCUGCUCAAAAGGAUGAUGACAUGCCUCCAAUCGAAGCCAUUCUUGCACCUUUGGAGGCUGAGCUCAAGCUUGCACGACAGGAGAUUGCUAAGCUUCAAGAUGACAAUAAAGCGUUGGAUCGUCUUACCAAAUCAAAGGAAGCAGCUUUGGUUGAUGCUGAGAGGACUGUUCAAAGUGCCCUGGCCAAGGCCUCUAUGGUGGAUGAUUUACAGAAUAAAAAUCAGGAGUUGAUGAAACAGAUAGAGAUUUGCCAGGAAGAAAAUAAAAUCUUGGACAAGAUGCACAGACAGAAAGUUGCAGAGGUUGAAAAAUUAACGCAAACUGUGAGGGAGCUGGAGGAGGCUGUUCUUGCUGGUGGUGCUGCAGCAAAUGCUGUGAGGGAUUACCAGCGCAAAGUUCAAGAGAUGAAUGAGGAAAGGAAAACUCUUGAUAGAGAGUUGGCUCGUGCAAAGGUAACAGCCAACAGAGUGGCUGUUGUAGUAGCAAAUGAAUGGAAAGAUGCAAAUGAUAAGGUUAUGCCUGUAAAACAGUGGCUUGAAGAACGAAGAUUUUUGCAGGGAGAAAUGCAGCAACUUCGUGAUAAACUUGCUAUAAUGGAACGAACUGCGAAGUCUGAAGCUCUAUUGAAAGAGAAGUAUCAGCUGCGACUUAGAGUGCUUGAAGAGAGCUUGAGAGGGUCUUCUGGCAGUAACAAUCGGAGUACUCCUGAAGGGAGAAGUAUAAGCAAUGGCCCCUCUCGUCGGCAAUCUCUGGGUGGAGUUGACAACAUUUCGAAAUUAACUUCCAAUGGAUUUUUAUCGAAAAAGACACCAGGUUCUCAGUAUAGACCUUUGUCCUCAAGCAGUAGCACAGUGUUGAAACAUGCUAAAGGCACGUCGAAAUCAUUUGAUGGAGGCACGAGGUCAUUGGACCGAGGAAAGGUGUCUUUAAAUAGACUUCUACCCAGUUAUUCAUUCAAUCAGUCCUGUGAUGCAAGCAAGGACAGUGAAGUAAAUAAUGAUUGGAAAAGUAAUCCUGAUGAAAAGGGAAACGAGUCUCCCACACUUGAGAGUGAAGACAGUGUUCCAGGUACGUUGUAUGAUUUACUUCAGAAGGAGGUUAUAGCUUUGAGAAAAGGCGGCCAUGAGAAAGAUCAAAUCCUUAAAGACAAGGAUGACGCCAUUGAGAUGUUAGCAAAGAAGGUAGAGACGCUGACCAAAGCAAUGGAGGUUGAGGCAAAGAAGAUGAGAAGGGAAGUGGCUGCCAUGGAGAAGGAGGUAGCAGCUAUGCGUGUGGAGAAAGUGCAGGAGAACAAGGCAAAGCGAUUUGGUGGCAGCACCAAGGGCCCCGUUAGUGCAGCACAACUGCAUCCCGGAAGGAAUGUUGGACGCGGUGGGUUGAAUCGCAGCACUCAAUAACAAGAAACUGAAUCUGAAUUUGUGCAACCAAGCGUUUCCACAUAGUUUAUUAUCUUUGUUCCUUUUUACUCUAUAUUUAAUUUUCUUCCACAUGAUUGAUCAUAGUAGUGUAACCCGCAUGCCGAUGACCCUGUGUUCGUUAAAUUGUUGGCAAUAUAGUAAGAGGAAAGACUUGGAAAGACGACGUUGCACGAAGAGAGGUAAUUGGUAAUGCAUCUGACUUAGGAUUGUCAUCCCUGUGUUUAGAGAUCAGCAAAGAAGGGGAGAAAGAAAGAGUUAAAAAGGAAGAAUAGUUGACUUGUUGGCUAACCACCUUCUGUCAGGUUUGUUUUUGAGUGAGCCAAUGGUUGUGUGGAUUUGUAUAGGCAGUCUCCCUACUGAUUGGAAUUUUUAUUUUUGUUUCUUCUAUUGUCAUAUUCAGUUGAUAUAUGAUGUAAUCUGCAAUGAGUGUGUUGUUGAUUCAGGUAUUGUUAAUAUAUUCUUGUUAUUACACCAAA